AGGAGAAAUUUGUGGAUUUGUCGAUCGGGAGAGCGUGAGCAUCAGAGUCAGACGAAAUCGAAUCGAAUUUAAUUUACAAUUUUCGUACACGCUUUUUCGUAUUGAGCUGUAGUUGUGAAUUGAUCAGGAUUUGUGCCCUUGUCGGUGUUUACGGCAUCACUGAGAAUACUAUCUACUCCAGCAUCCUCUAAUCUCAGGAAUUAUUUUAUUUACGGGCUACCAUUUUUUUAUUCUAUUUCUGCGAACGUGUCGGUGAAUUCGUUUUUUUUUGAUAAGUGCUCAUCGCGUCGCGUCUGCAAUCUCGCCGUAUUUUGCAACGGAAAUUUUAUUUGUGUAAAAGGUGAAUUUAGAAGCCUCCAACAUGGCAGCUACAGCUCCUGUCAAGAAAGUCCCUAUUCAUCUGCAGAGCUCUCAUAAUCGGCUUCUGAUCAAAAAUGGUAAAGUCGUCAAUGCUGAUGGAAUGGCAGAUGCUGAUUUAUAUAUAGAAGAAGGAGUCAUAAAGCAACUGGGACGAAAUCUGAUCAUACCCGGCGGAACAAGAACUAUUGAUGCUGCUGGUCUCUUGCUUCUACCAGGUGGAAUUGAUCCUCACACUCACCUGGAUGUUGAAUUCAUGGGGACCAAAAGUGCCGACGAUUUCUAUCAAGGCACCAAGGCAGCUGUAGCUGGUGGCACAACUAUGAUCAUCGAUUUUGUUCUGCCAGCAAAAGAAGAGUCUUUGAUCGAUGCCUACUAUGAGUGGAGAAGACGCGCAGACGAGAAAGUGUGCUGCGAUUAUGGUCUACACGUUGCAGUCACUUGGUGGUCCAGCAGUGUCAAAAAAGAGAUGGAAGAACUAGUCGAAAAGCAUGGUGUGAACUCAUUUAAGUCAUUUUUAGCAUAUAAAGGAAGCUACCAAUUAUCAGAUACUGAAUUAUACCAUGUCUUUAAUGCUUGUAAGGAACUAGGAGCAUUACCCAUGGUACAUGCUGAAAAUGGAGACAUUAUUGCAGAGAACACAAAAAAAUUGCUUAAUGCGGGUAUUACUGGACCUGAAGGUCAUGAGAUGUCACGGCCAGAAGAAGUCGAAGCAGAAGCAACAAACCGAGCCUGUGUCAUUGCCAAUCAGGUUGGUAGUCCGUUGUAUGUAGUACACGUUAUGAGUAAAUCAGCUGGAAAUGUUGUGGCAGCCAAGCGUGAUGAAAAAUUAAGUAACGGUGAAGAGUGUGUAAUUUUCGGGGAGACUUUAGCAGCAAGUGUCGGGACACACUCCCAUGGCACAGGAUAUAGCUGCUGGAGCCAUGCCGCUGCUCAUGUCUUGAGUCCACCUCUGAGACCUGAUCCAACUACGCCCGAAUACUUAAUGCGGCUGCUAGCAAAUGAUGGCCUCCAACUCACAGGCAGUGACAACUGCACAUUCACGGCGGAGCAAAAAGCUGUUGGUAAAGAGAAUUUCACGAAGAUACCCAAUGGUGUAAAUGGUGUUGAAGAUAGAAUGUCCGUUGUCUGGGAGAAGGGUGUGGAAACUGGAAUCAUCGACCCUCCUCGAUUUGUUGCUAUCACAAGUACUAACGCCGCAAAAAUAUUCAAUAUAUAUCCUAAGAAGGGAGUCCUUGCAGUUGGCUCUGAUGCUGAUAUUGUGCUUUGGAAUCCCCGUAAAACACGCACCAUCUCAGCAAAAACUCACCACCACAAAACGGACUACAAUAUUUUUGAGGGUCUGACCUGCCAUGGAGUUCCUGAUUAUGUCAUCGUUGGUGGUCGUGUAUGCGUCGAUGAAGGAGAAUUGAAAGCUGUUCAAGGUUUGGGUAACUUUGUUCCAACCCCUACCUUCUCUCCCACUUGUUAUCCAGCAUUUAAACCAGAGGAAAAUGGAAUUGAUAAGAAUGCCAUCAUUCAUGAAGAAAUAGCAGCUCUCCGGCUCAAUAAUACUUCAAGUAAACCUUCCAGUGUGGCAAGCAGUGUUUUUGGUGAUGAUGCGCAGUCAAAUGUUAGGACUGGCAAAGGUAUGCGACAAGAUGGUCAGCGAGAUCUCCAAGGUUCCUCUUUCUCCAUCAGUUCUGAAGUUGCUGGAGACGGGCCUCGCUCUUCGAUCCGAGUUCAUAAUCCACCCGGUGGAAAGUCCGCUGGUGGAUUUUGGUAAACCAAAGAACCAAUUUGUUUUUGCAAAUCAGUCAUUCAACAUUGUCGUACUCAUUAUAUUUAAAUACCUAGCCUUUUCUUAUCAAGAAUGUUUUGCACAGUUUUCAUGCAAUUCUAUCAAAUAAUCAAACAAUUUACAAAGGACUCCAGAUGAAGAGCUCUAUUUGCACAAAUUUUGCCAGAUUUGUGACUUUUGUUAAUUUUAUAGCUUCUAGCAUUUUGCAUUGAAUUUUAUUCAUUUUAUUUGUUCUGUUUCCGCCAUUAUGCAUUUCAUCCAAACAGCUUUAUCAUAUCGAUGUAACAUCAAAAUAUUAAGUUCCCUAUUGCGUAGUAUUGAUCCAGUCUUUCAAAUUCUGUCAUCCAUUGAAAAUAAAACUGAUUAGUCUAAUUUAUAAGCUUUAACCGAGUCUUAAUAUUUCAGGAACAAUCCUACCUGUCUGAGCUAUUUUCUAAUCAAAUUUACAUAAUUUUCUAAAGUCAUGGAUUUUCUCACAGGGAAAUAUCUUCAAUUAAUCAGUUAUUUUCACCAUUUGUUCAGUAAAGUGAACAAGUAGACAGUUCUUAUUUCUAUGAAAUUAGUUAAGCAUUUAGAAAAUUAACCUUUACUUAACAGGUUUAUAUGGUGGUCAAGCACUGGGUAUGACCUAAAAUAAAUCUAUUUAUGGUAAGAAGAGAAGGGGAAAUAUUCCGUGCGUAAUUUAUAGCCCACAAAUUAAACUUGACUGAUUUCUCUGAAUCAUGAUUAUUAUAAUCUUGUAAAAAAAAAAAUUGAUAUGUUUUUUUUAUCUAAAUAUGGUAAAGUAGCAUUGAUUGUGUUUACAAUUACAGUGAAUUUAUAUGCCUGCAGCUGUGAUGGCAGGAACUGGAGUUCAUUUUUUAAGCUAAUUUUAAAGCAACUUUCUUUUUUUUUUCUUAAAAAGAAAAAAGUGAAAAAGUUAAAGAAAGCUUAUUCUUUUUUUGACCUGCAUCUAAACUUUUAGCUCCGUUACUUUUUCUUCAUUUUAUUAUCAAAAGACCUUUAUUUCAAUUGAGUCCUUACUUUAUUUAAUUUUAAUAAUGCAUAGUUCGAGGAUUAAAAGCUCAUGUUUGUACAGCAAAAGAAUGUGUAUGCUUGCUCUCUUUUAUUUAUUUUUUUUAUUACCAGCUGUAACUUCCUAUUUAAUUAUUGUCUAUGUUACUCUUUUGAUACAAACUAUCAUGAAGAAUUUUCAUAAGCAUCAUUUUAUACUAGAAAUUAAUUUUUUUAAUGUGGUGUUUUCUUUCAUCAUAAAAUGAUAAGAGGAUUACUUAGGCAAAAAGUUGUGUUGUUUUUCUUUGAGAGUUGAUUGAAUGGCAUCAGGUUGUAUUGUUGAAUCAAUUUUUCACAAAUUCAGGAUCAAUAUUGUGGCUUAAAGAUGACUUAACUUAAUCACGUACAUGUGUGCUUGUUUUUUUGAUAUGAGCUUGAAACUUUUGAUGUGCUUAUAAUUAAAAGAUGGCCCUGAUCUAUCUCUUCUUCUCAAAUUUUCUUGAUAGAUUGUUUUCUUCCUCAUCUAAUCAACGCAUCACAUUGUUAGUUUUUGUUUUUAUGUUUUUUCUGUACAGUAAUUCAGUCGGUUUAUCUAGUUGUUAUUCAGUAUUCAGUCUGCGUUGAAUUCACACUGUACUUCCUACUCAUGUUCAAACUAAACUAUUUUCAUGAAUCGAGUUCAAAAAAAGUGUAAAAAGAUUCCUAAAUGAUCAAGUGUUAAAGGCAUCAUCAUAGUCGUCCAAUUAGUUUCAUUCAUUCAGCUGCAAUAUUUUCUUCACAGAGCUUUUAGUAAUUGAGAAUACACAGAGAAAUAAAAAUAUUAAGAUAAAUCUUAAUAAACACAGAUAGUGUAAACAAAGGAAUUAUGCACCUCACAGCAAUAAGUUGAAUAAUCUUAAGUUUUGGCUUCUUGAAUUGUUUUAGUGUGAAGAUCACCCUCAGUUCAAUCGAGAUCUCAAUUUAUUGUGGGUACACAUUUGUUUAAAACUAAUUGUAAGUACUUAAUCAGAAUUGCAGCUUUGAAGUACCUCGGUAAUAUUUUCCAGAGGCUGUCUAAGAGCCUACUGUUCAGUCUUCAUUUUCUAAAAAAUGUGUCUCAACCUAGGUGUUCUUUAAUGCCUAUCUAACUUGAUUGUGCCUCUGCCAAUAUCAUCAAUUUCUACCUUUUCCUAUUAAUAUUUAGUCUUUCAAAAGUUGAAUCAAUGUACUCCAUUGAAAUCAUGAAAGCCGUCUACUGUUUUUUACAAAUUCUUAAUUAAAGCUUCAAAUGUUUCAAAGAAUGAGUUAUUUAAGGGAAAAACCACUGAUUGGAACCUUUUUCCACCUAUAAAGGAUUCACUGUAGUCCCUCAGAAAGCUAGCUUCAAUAUUUUGCUAUUUACUUUCCAUUGAUUAGUUGCAAUAAUCAUAACAAUGACACUAGGGCUGCACAACAGCUGCGAGCAAACUUCCCUCUCUUCAGAAUAAUUGUGUUUGUUCUGGGCUGGGAAACUAUGAGUGGCCUCUCCAUGCAAAACACAGACCAAGGUACCAAUCAAGACGUUUUCCUUCUAAUAACCUUGUUUGUUUUAAAUUUUUCUCGAUUUUUCAAGGCUUCGUAGUUGUUUAAGGUCGACUCGAAACAGUUAAACUCAAAAUUCCGAUUAUACUCGAAACAUGUGUUUGAAAUUUCAUUAAGUAUUACGCUCCUUUGUUUUGUUUCUUCUUGUUUGUUUAAUUAAUUUAUCAAAAACGCAUAAUUUACUUUAAGCAACUGACUGUUCAUUUUUUAUUGUGAUAUAGUGAAUUGUUUUAGUAUCAGUAAAUAAAAUCAGUGCAUCUUAA